UUUCUCAACGUGAACUUUAAACCCUAAUUUCGAGCUCCAUUUUUGCCGGAAUCCGGUGGCCUGUCAAAUUUUCUGGCGUUUCCGAGCCUUCUUUAUUGUGCACUGUUAGACUACUGAUUUGGAAGCUAGGACAUGGUUCUGGUGGGAAUUUCUUAUUUCUCAUUAUUUUAUUGUUCGAUUUAAAGAUAAUGGUAGAAGGAGGAAGAAAUACAGUGGAAUCAAAGGAAAAGAAAGCAAAAGACUGUCUCCUUGUGGAUAAAUACAAUGUGGAAGCUUCUGAAAUUUUGGCAAAUGAGGCUCAGCAUCUUCCCAUAUCAGAGGCAGUUCCAAUAUAUGAACAACUUCUUUCAACAUUUCCCACAGCUGCAAAGUUUUGGAAGCAGUAUGUGGAGGCCGUUAUGGCUGCAAAUAAUGAUGAUGCAACAAAACAGAUAUUCAGCCGGUGUUUGUUGAAUUGCCUUCAAAUUGCCCUAUGGAGAUGUUACAUUCGCUUUAUUCGGAAAGUCAAUGAAAAGAAAGGAACAGAAGGUCAGGAAGAGACAAGGAAAGCAUUUGAUUUCAUGCUAAACUAUGUCGGAAGUGAUAUUGCAUCAGGGCCUGUAUGGAUGGAGUACAUUACCUUUUUGAAGUCCUUACCGGCAACAACAGCGCAAGAAGAAUCACAACGUAUGACUGCAGUGCGGAAAGCUUAUCAAAUAGCCAUUAUUACUCCCACUCAUCAUGUUGAACAACUGUGGAAGGAUUACGAGAAUUUUGAAAAUUCUGUUAGCCGGCCAUUGGCAAAAGGUCUGAUAUUUGAGUAUCAACCAAAGUACAACAGUGCCAAGGCUGUGUAUAGGGAGAGAAAGAAAUAUGUUGAUGAGAUUGACUGGAACAUGCUAGCUGUUCCACCAUCAGGUUCCAUCAAGGAAGAACAACAGUGCUUGGCAUGGAAAAGAUUGUUAGCUUUUGAAAAGGGAAAUCCACAGAGAAUAGACAGUACAUCUUCUAAUAGAAGAGUCAUAUUCACAUAUGAGCAGUGCCUAAUGUACUUGUAUCAUUAUCCUGAUAUUUGGUACGACUAUGCAACAUGGCAUGCAAAGAAUGAACCUAGAGAUGCUGCAAUUAAAGUGUUUCAGAGGGCUUUGAAGGCUCUGCCUGAUUCGGAAGUUCUUAGAUAUGCCUAUGCGGAGCUGGAGGAAUCCCGGGGGGAUGUGCAAGCAGCAAAGAAAGUAUAUGAGAGUCUUUUGGCAAAUAGUGUCAAUGCAACAGCAUUGGCACACAUACAAUUCAUGCGGUUCUUACGAAGAACUGAAAGUGUUGAUGCUGCCCGCAAGUACUUCUUGGAUGCUCGGAAAUCUCAUAACUGUACUUACCAUGUAUUUGUGGCUUAUGCCUUGAUGGCAUUUUGCCUUGACAAGGAUCCAAAGGUUGCCCAUUCUGUAUUUGAAUCAGGAAUGAAGAAAUUUAUGCAUGAGCCUGGAUACAUUCUUGAGUAUGCAGAUUUCUUGUGUCGCUUAAAUGAUGAUAGAAACGUUCGCGCUUUGUUUGAACGUGCAUUGAGUUUACUUCCCCUGGAGGAGUCUGUUGAGGUUUGGAAACGAUUUACGCAAUUUGAACAAACAUAUGGUGAUUUGGCAAGCAUGUUGAAGGUAGAACAACGAAGGAAGGAAGCUCUUUCUGGGACAGGCGAAGAUGGGUCAUCAACGUUGGAAUUUUCAUUACAAGAUGUUGUCAAUCGUUAUAGUUUCAUGGAUCUUUGGCCUUGCUCUUCUAAAGAUUUAGAUUAUCUAACUCGGCAAGAGUGGCUUGCUAAAAACAUCAACAAGAAAGUCGAAAGAGCUGCACUACCUAAUGGUGCUAGUCUUGCAGAUAAGAAUCUUUCUGGACCAUUGACUGACUCAAAGACCUCUACCCAAUUUGGAAAAAUCAUCUUUCCAGAUGUUUCAAGAAUGGUCAUUUAUGAUCCUAGACAAAAACCUGGUCCAGGAUAUCUUCCAAAUGCUCCAGUCCCUGGACUACCCACAAUUCCUUCCUUUGCUUCCCCUUUAGUGACAAAUAUUGGUGGUGUUGGAACUGCAAAGACACUUGAAGAGGCUUCGAAACUCUUGUCGCCUGCAUUGGUGGCUUUUAUGGCACAGCUGCCAAAUGUUGAAGGGCCAUCACCCGAUGUGGACUUGGUGUUAUCUAUCUUAUUGCAAAGCAACAUCCCAGUGGUUGGGAAAAUGGCACCUCCUUUGAUGCAAAAUCCACCUUCUGGCCCCAACCAGAGUGCCGCAAAUGAAGUGCCCAGCUCUAACAAGCCUUGGGCCAAGUUUAAUGGUUCUGUAGUAAGGCCAGGCCAACCAGCAAAGAGGAAAGAGCCGGAUCAGCCCGAUGAAGAGGACAACAAUGCCAUGACACAAAGCCGACAACUUCCGGUGGACGUGUUUCGGUUGCGCCAACGGCAGCGACAACAGCAUCAGAGGGGCCACCGAGUUGGCCUGGCCUCUUCCUCUCAACAGACUGGUUCGCUGUCAGGGGGCAGUGGUGCAGUUUCUGGUGGUGCAGUUUCUGGCGAGCCCUCAGGCAGUACCGAAUAAUUCCCACGAAUCUUCUCUUUUUUUUUUUUUGGGGUGGGGCGGGUGUUGGGGGUGGUUUAGUAGUGCACUCCUCUCCUUAUGUAUUAUUCUUCGUUUAUUUGCCUAGUUUGUUUAUGUUUAUUUGUAAAAUUAACAUUUUUAUUCUAUAUAUUCUUAGUUUUCUC